GAGAGGUUUCUACCGUGAACUAAGGGCAAGGGUGUUUGGAUAAAGGUACUUAGGCUAUAAAAACUCAGCGAACUCAGUAGGAGUGUUUCUAUUGAUGCGUGACGCGUGAAAACGUAUAUAUACAAGCAGUUGCUGUGUAAGUUAAAGCAGAGCUGUUUUCUUGAACCAGAAAGAUGGCAGUGCACCGCGCUCUUGUUUUCUUGUUCGUUUUCUUGGUGCCGCAGCUUUUUGUUGAAGGAUGCUGGCCUGGCAAGUCUCAGAGGGACGAACGCACUCCCUGUGAAAAACAGAGGAACUCCCAGAACCCAAAGAUCCUGCCAGGAGGUUUCAUCAAAGAGUGCGAGGCGGAUGGAUCUUUCCGUAAAGAGCAGUGCGACGCCGAGGGGUUGUGCUACUGCGUCAACCCAGAGACCGGGAAGUCGUACCAUGAGACAGGCAUGCGCGGACCGCUCAACUGUGACCAAUACGAGGCUAUGGACGAUGCUGGUGUAAACUGGGGUGGAAUUGGCCAUGGUGGUGGUCGCUAACAAGCCAAGUCCGGACCAUUAGGAUGGAUGGACUCCCUAAGGCCUCGCUGAUGAGGACGUGUCAAUAGCAAAGUAGAAAAAAAUGCUGAAGUGAUGUAUAAGGCGCUUUUGGCCAAGAGUUACUUCUUUGAUUUGCAAUUACAAUUGUUGUUCCUUUGCCACUUUUAACUGGUGACAAAAGAAAUAAAUGUAGUCAGAGCAUCAACAUGUGUGCUUCUUUCUCGUCGUGCUGCACGUCUCUUAGGGUAGCAGU